UUGACAGGGCUUUAGUGGAGAGGGAAGCUGUGGGAUCGACCCCUUGGGACUUGAAAGCCAAUUCAACCUGCUGUCCUCGCCAGGCGUCAACCGCCAACCAGCUUCCUCUUCGGCCUACCUGGAUGAAGCCGUUGAGUUUCUGCGAUGGACUUCAUUGGAUGGAUGAUUUGACAUCAGACGAUUUCCGACGCACUUAACAUACCCUAAUUUGAUCUGGCCCAAUGUCACUGUGUUGCUGCCGCUAAUUAGGCCCUUCCUUUGCAGACCGAAUGAAGCGAGGCCGAGAAGCAGCAGCCCAACCACCGGAUUUCAUCCCAGGAUUAUUGAUAUUUCCUUCAACGCCUUUCUCGUCCAAACGCUAAGGGUUUCUUUGGAAUUCUGAAGCACAAUACGACUGACAGAAGGAUUGCUCGUUUCCUUCACAACCAUUGUGGUGUACGGCUUCAACAUGGGUGUCAUUAACCCCUUAACAGUCCUCGCCGCGGGCAUCGUCUCCGUGUUGCUGUAUGCCAUUUUUGGCCAAUCCAAAUUGAAGAGAAACGGUGUUCCGCUACAACGCCCCCCUGGUACCCUACCCCUUGCUGGCAACGGCAUUAACUUCUUAAGAGACCGACAAAACUUGUUCGACUGGUUUGCAAAGUGCGAGCAGCUCUACGGCUAUGAGACCUUGCAGAUCUCCGUUCCAAGCCUCCCGCCUGGCGUCAUUAUCAGUGACCCAAGAAAUCUCGACUACGUCUUCAAAAAUGAGGGCAUAUUUGCCAAGGGCGAGUUCUUCCAAGCGCGGUCGAGGGACUUAUUCGGCAACGGGAUCAUCAAUGUUGAUGGUAACCUGUGGAGGAUACAGCGCAAAGCGGGGCUGAACUUUCUCAACACGUCAAACUUGAGAGUCCUGACAGAUGUAGCUCUGCCAGAGUAUCUAUCGCGGAGUGUGGCCUUCCUGGAGGCUAAGGCCGGCAAGGGAACUGUCGACCUACAAGCUGUCUUUCACGAAAUCACCACACAACUCAUGGGGAAGAUGGCGUACAAUAUGGAGAUGCACGCCGAAGACGAUUUCGGCCUGGCUUUCGACUACGCAUCCGGAGCAACUGCUGAACGGUUUCAAAACCCGCUAUGGUUCGUCAGCGAACUAUUUACUGGUGCCCGGUUGCGGAAGUCUUUAUCGGCCGUGAAGUCAUUCGGACGCAGUAUUGUCUCCAACGCAAUAAAGGACAGAAAGAUUCGUACCGUGAACGAGGAGCAGAUUUCCAAAGAUGCUAGCAAGGAUAGAAUGGGCGAUAUCUCGGGUAGUCUAAUCCAAUCGCUCUUGGACUCCAUCGGGGAUGAGCAGCUGGUCGCUGAUGCUGCGCUGAACUACCUCUCCGCUGGCAGAGACACAACGGCACAAGCUCUUACAUGGACGUUCUACUUGUUAAUGAAGCAUCCCGAGGUCGUAGCCAAGGUCCGCAAGGAAAUCGACCAAGUCACAGAGGACAGUCAGGACACACUUGAGAAGGCCAUAUCAGAGCAGGGCAAUCCAACCUCGAUGCCAUACAUCUUCGCCGUCUUCUGUGAAGCACUGCGCAUCUUCCCACCCAUCCCCUUCGAGAUCAAGCAGGCUGUACAGGCGACCACUCUGCCGGACGGUACUUUUCUCCCCCAGAACGCUGUCAUUGUAUGGUGCACUUGGGCAAUGAACCGAUCACGCCUCACAUGGGGCCCUGAUGCGGACGAGUUUCGCCCUGAGCGUUGGCUGGUUGAUGGCAAGGUAGCCAACAAGAGCGCCUCGGAGUUCCCCGUCUUCAACGGCGGGCCGAGGACGUGUCUGGGCAAGAAAAUGGCAGAGAUCAUUGCCGUGCAGGUCAUCGCCACGGUGGUUGGCCUUUUCGACUGUGUGAGGGUGGACGACUCGACGAGAGUCAGCAAGAGCAGUCUGACACUCCCAAUGAAGGAUGGGCUACCUUGUUUUGUGCGCCGCAGGGGCACCGAUUCGGGAUAGUUAAAACGCUUUUAACAAGCUGUUGCACAACUGUUGAUAUCAAUACACUCUCGCGCGUAAAUCAUCUAUCAUCGAGCAAAAUGCGACAAUCAAGCGGUAUAUUUGCAAUAGAUGCAUAAAAACAAUGCUGCAGCACUAGAAGAACUCGUCAUGUAGCACAACCUGGUUUCGAUCCAGGGACCUCUGGGUUAUGAGCCCAGCGCUCUACCCCUGAGCUAUUGUGCUAGUAGUGGGUCUUGCUUU